CGCCCCUCAUCCUCAUUUUCCAACAGAACUCUUUCAUCUCCCUCCUCGCCUCUCUUUCUUUCUCAUCAUCUCCCUUUCAUCCCUCCUCAUUUCACUUGCUAUCGUCAAUGGACAUUAUUCUUCGUUCUCAUUCAUAUCCCUUAUCUUACACUUUUUCGGAACAACUAGCACCCUUUUUAUUGUGGUAGUCCGUCCACAUUACUCGUGCAGCCCCUUUUCAUCACAUUGCACUUUAUUCCUCUCCUUGUCCCCGAAUAUCACUCGACUCCUCGGUCCGCCGACUGAAAAAAGAAAAAAAAAAAGCAGCAUUUCAACUCCUUCUGUUCUCAUCCUAUUACGAAAAUAACACGUCGUCAAAUAGCCAGCUCGCAUGAAUUAUGGCGUCCAUGCAGGAUCACUACGGCGAUGGGGACAAACGAGAAGGAGUGAUCGUGAACGAAAAUACGGCGCGCAACAUCCACUCUACGUCCCCCCACUCCAUUCAAUCCCACUCGAAUUCAUCGUCAUUGCCUUCAACAAAUUCCUUACCGUACCAUGACCACCCUGGCGGGCACCUAAUGGCUGUAUCGUCUCAAGCAUCUCAUCCACUGCCGCCUCUGCCGCCUCAUCAUCAUCAGUCGAGGCAUCAGCAACAGCACUACUACGACAGUCGCCAUCACUAUAAGGAUCCUCAGAGAGAAAUGCAUCAUAUGCGUGGCCUCAACCCACAUCCAAGGGACCACUUCCCGCUAUCAGCACCAAGCCAUCCCCAUCAUCCAAGACAUGAACAUCAAAAGCAGUAUCAGCACUACUUGCAGCUCCGUGAAGGGUACCCGCAGCCACCUUACCCUCCCUCGCGUUCGAACCAAGGGCACGAGCGCAGAGAGGAAAUGCGUACAUCAUUUCAUUCACACUCAGAUUCCUCAAGCCCAAGCUCGAAUGGUCCAAUUAAACAAUAUCAGGGGCAUCUUAGAGGUGUGGCUGAAACAGCUCGUACGCAAAUACCUCCACAAGAAUCUCAGUCAGUGAUGAUGGAACAGCAGCCGCAAGAGGUGUAUCCAAUAAGCCAAGCAAGGAUAAAAAUAGUGCAGCAACCCUUGCACGCGCGUAUGUGCGGGUUUGGCGAGAAGGACCGCCGGCCGAUUGACCCCCCACCGAUUGUUCAGUUGAUCCUGGACGAGCCCAAUUACAACGAGCUCAAGGCGCCCCCUAAACCCGUCAAGCCCAUCAAACCAAAGAAGAGGAGGUACAAGAAAUCCGGUCGAAAGGGCCGAAAGCCCAGCAAGAAGGCUCUAGCUGCCGCCGCUACUGCUGCCGAGGAAGCAGCGGCAGCAGCAGCAAAAGCCGAAGCUGAAACCAAGGCUGCUGCCAAGAGGAAAGAAAAAAGUGACGACGAUGGCUUGGAGUUCGAUGAAAAUAACGAGGAGGAGGAGGCGGAUGAAGAGGGUAGCCAUGGCGAUGGAAGUGACGAUGGCGAGCUGUAUGAACUGGACGAGGAAAGCGAGGGAAUAGAUGAUAAAGAGGCGGAAGGACGGAUAGAAUCUAGUACUUCGGUGCGGCGGAACUCUCGACCCUCGGCACAAAGACUACCAGGACCUAUGCAGGAGUCCUCCACCGCGGAAGAAAAGGAUGUCAAAGAGUUUAACACGCCAUUUCAACCUCCAGCUCCACAGCCCAAGCGACGCGGUCGGCCUGCUCGCAACAGUGUGACUCAAGGACCAUCUGCUGGCAUGAAACACGACCUCGAGGGCAACAGCAAGGCCUUUGAUGAGAUCGAAGAGGACGAAGAGCAAGAAUGGCCGCGAUACGAAGGUGGGCGCAGGGCCGUGCAGCAGGACCCACUCUACGUCUUGCACGUUUCUCUCUGGUCCGAGGAUGGCUCCGAAGUCCGGAGCAUGAUUGCCACGCCUGGACAGUCGAGCUCCUCAAGACUGACGCGUAUCCUGAUGGGCGCUGUUGUCGUAUCUCCGAUUCUUUUGGAUAAUGAACACGGAGAGCCAGGAUGGUACUUCAGCUUCCCGGAUUUGAGCAUUCGCACCGAAGGCGUUUACAAGCUCAAGUUUUCGUUGAUGCGUUUCACAUGUUUUGAUGUCGAUGAUCUUGGCGGUAGCCAAGCAUCCACGAUCAUUGCAGAGGAGACCAGCGAGCCCUUUACCGUAUUCUCAGCCAAAAAGUUCCCCGGGAUGACUGAAUCAACAGAGCUCUCAAAGGCUUUUGCGAAGCAGGGCCUCAAAAUCCCUAUCCGCAACGAUCUACGCACCCGAAAGAACACUGACAAGGACUAGGGGCAGCCCUCAUUUUGUCGAUGUAGUGAUUUGUAAUCAUUGGCCUACGAAAGACUGUAUUGGUGCAAUAAAAACUCGUGUUAAAACACAC